GGAAGAAGUUGGCAAUCACCAUGGGCAGAUUUCAGAGCCCGAGAUCCUGACGCGCGCUGAUUGGUGCCCCAGCUGUCGCUGACAAAGCACCAGGAUGGGCGCCAUCUUGUCUGAGCCGGUCACUGCUAUGGUCGUGGAACGCUGCUCUUCUUCCUCCUGGUCAGCAGCAGCCGUGACGAUGCAGGGGUGGAGGCGAACACAUGAGGACGCCCAUAUUUUGUGCCACCUGGAAUCUGGUGGUUCACAAGGCUCUUCCGGGGUCUUUGCUGUCUUGGAUGGCCAUGGUGGCAGCUCCGCGGCUUGCGGGGGUGCCGCCUUCCUGGAGGAGGCGCUGAAGCAAGUGACUCUCAGUGGCAAGACGCCCUCAGAGGCGACCAGAUUGCUGCAGGAAACCUUCAUUGACUGCGACACGCGUUUGCGAAGUCACCUUGGGACUGAGGACCGCAGUGGCAGUACGGUGGUGGCCUGCAUCGUGAACCCCUCGAACCGGAGCAACGAGUACACGGUACAACUGGCUCACGCCGGUGAUUCGAGGGCAGUUCUGAGCCGAGGGAGUCGCUUGUAUUCCUCCAAGGACCACAAACCCAACCGAGAAGACGAGACCCGCCGCAUCGAAGCUGCUGGAGGGUCCGUCUCUCAAGGACCUCUGGGUGGUGGCCCCAUGAGAGUGGACGGUGCUUUGGCCGUGAGUAGGGCCAUGGGAGACUUUCACUUCAAACCCCAUGGCAUGGAACCUUCCAAGUGCAAGGUCUCGGUGGUUCCGGAAGUUCAGACCAUUGAGGGCUGUUCAUCCGGCGACUGGAUCCUCCUCGCCUGCGAUGGUAUCUUUGAUGUCAUGGAGAACGAGGAGGUCCGGGACUUCGUGGAAGAUCAUCCUGCUAGAGCCAAUGGCUCACAGGUGGAUGGCGGACAGAUCUGCGUAGACCUGUUGAAGCUUUGCCUCGACAAGGGCAGCAAGGACAAUUGCACCGCUUGCUUUGUGCAAUUCGGCGAUGGCCCUGCCAGGAGCAAAAGCUCUGAGCUGCUGCAAGGACCCUGGAGAGGAGCCUCUCCCGAGGUGCAGAGCAAAUACGCCGAGUUCUUCCGAGACCACGGCUUCGAGGCAGAGGCUUCAGAAAUGGUUCAGGGGCGCAGACUUUCAGGCUCCAAGACGAAGGUGGUGAACCCACCCUCACCGGAGAGCUCCAACGCGACGACAAGGAACAGCCUUUCCAGCAUCACGCGGGUCCUUCAGGCGGUUCGCUCCACCCGAGCCAUCCAAUCUGCCUGGAGAGCCAGGAAGUCUUCGGAGAAGGAAGCUGCUACGGCUUCAGGCACCGAGUAGUGUGCUGCCUCAACUUGAGAGGUGUCCGUCCAUGGUCCAGAAGCGAUCUGAUGCGGCCUGAAACGUGCCGUGCCUAGAAUCCGUGCCGUUCAAAAGAGAGGGCCUUUAUAGCUAUGUCAGCUAUGGGUCAGUUCAUCUUGGUACACAGGCUGUUC